AUGCAUUUCCAUCAUCAUCGCCGUGAAAAAGAGUCUAACAACGAUGGAUCACAAUCGUUAAAGCAAGAUCGCGAUGUUGGCCUUUCGUUUUUAUAUCAUUCAACGAGUCAAGGUUCACGUUUAAGUGAAACAACAUUUCCAACUUAUUAUUCAUUAGCUUCUUUAUCAAUGCCAUAUCUACCGAAAAAUAAUUCACGUUCAGUUCAUUCAAAUAUUCAAAUUUUAUUAUAUAAUUUUCUUGAACGACCAGCUGGACUCAAAUGUUUUCUAUAUCAUUUUUUUGUAUUUUUGGUCGUGAUUGUUUGUCUUGUUCUAUCCGUAUUAUCAACAAUUGAUAAAUUUCAAGCAAGGUUAUCAGUACAUGUUUAUUGGAUUGAAAUAUUUCUUGUUGUUUUUUUUGGUAUUGAAUAUGUUCUAAGACUUUGGUCAGCUGGUUGUAGAAGUAAAUAUAUGGGUGUAUCUGGUCGUUUUCGUUUUGCACGGAAACCUAUUGCUGUUGUUGAUUUAGUAGUAGUUAUCGCAUCAACAUUAAUGUUAACAUUAGCAGCCGAACGACAAACAUUUGCAGCAUCAGCUAUUCGUGGCGUUCGAUUUCUUCAGAUUUUACGUGUUUUACAUGUCGAUAGACAUGGUGGAACAUGGAGAUUAUUAGGAAGUGUUGUAUAUAUUCAUCGACAAGAAUUAAUUACAACGUUAUAUAUUGGAUUUCUUGCCUUAAUUUCUUGUAGUUAUCUUGUUUAUAUUGCUGAAAAAGAUGCACGAUCUAGUCUUAUACAUGGUGCUAAAAGUGGUGAUGAUCAUUUUCAAUCAUAUGCCGAUGCAUUAUGGUGGGGUGUUAUUACAAUUACAACUAUUGGAUAUGGUGAUGUUUAUCCAAUAACAUGGGUUGGGAAAAUCAUUGCUGCUUGUUUUGCAAUUUUUGCAAUAUCAUUUUUUGCUUUACCAGCUGGUAUACUUGGUUCUGGUUUUGCUCUUAAAGUCCAACAAAAACAACGACAAAAACAUUUCUCUCGCCAGAUUCCAGCAGCAGCAACAUUAAUACAAGCAGCAUGGCGCGAUUACGCCAGUGGACCUAAUUCAUCAUGCGUUGCAACAUGGAAUAUUUAUUUAUAUGCUGCUGAUCCAAAUUUAUCAUCGCCACCUAAUAAAUCAUUUUCAACAAAUAAUCAAACAUUUAGUGAAAGAACAGCAGAAAAACUUCGAUAUUUACGUUUAUCAACUUCAGUUAGAAAAAAUCGAUCAAAAAGAAAUAGUCAUGGAAUACCACCACCAUCAACACCGAAUGUUUUACAAUCACCAACUGCAAGUGAACCUCGAAAUAUAUCUCAAUCAGGGACGAAUACAACAGCUCAAGCAUGUUAUAUAGUGACCGGUGAUGAUGAAGAUUUUGAAGAAGAACCAAUUAAACUUUGGUCUUUAACUGAAGAUCAUAAACGAAUGAUUCGUUGCAUUCGUAAAAUGCAAUUAAUCGUUGCUCGUAAACGUUUUCAACAAGCUCGAAAACCUUACGAUGUACGAGAUGUACUUGAACAAUAUUCACAUGGACACAUUAAUAUGAUGAUGAGAAUAAAAGAAUUACAACGAAAACUUGAACAUACCGUUGGUAAACAACCACCAUUGAAUAGUGAAGAUCGUUCAAAAUUAACUGUUCUUGCACGAAUGCAACGUGUUGAAGAUUCAAUUAGUGAUAUGGGACAAACAAUGGAUAAUAUUUAUACAUUAUUAAGAACUAUGGAUGAUAAAUUAGGUCGAGUAUCGAUUAAUAAUGAGAAAACUAAUCAACGUGUAUCAAGAUCAAUAAUGUCUAAUACAGGCGUUAAAUUUUCUUCAGUCGAAGAAGAAAUCUCAUGA